GGACGUAUCAUAUGUGAAGUAUCAUAUGAGACACAUUGGACGUGACAGGUCAACGCCGUGUCUAGAUAAAUACCCUCUCCUCCCUCUAGAUAGAUUCCGUUCUCCAGAUUCGAGAUCCUCGUCGAUGGCUACAAUAGUUUAGAUAGGAACAUCGAUUCAUUAUUAUCUGCUAUUCCGAGCCCGUGACAAUUUACACUCUUCGAUUCUUCUUCAGCGCUCGAAGCAGCAACAGGGAGAAUAGUCUGCAAAACAAUGGAAAAUGGACAAUUCUAGGCAAAAUAUGAAAAUAGGCAGUGGAGGCAGCCGGGAGGUGGGCUUCUACAGCGAUUGCAGCAUAAUUAGGACUGGCAGAAACAUUUCAGGUCAAGUCAUUUUAUGUGUAGGAAUUCUUUUCUGGCUGUUUCGUAUUAAUCCCAUAUUAUCUAACAAGGGUGAAAAAUAUGCUUGAAGGAGGUGAACACGGGCAUAAGAGGGCAAAAUGGGAGGAACAGCAACGGGCAAAAAGGUAAGUGAGCUAACAGGGCCUGGCUAAGUGCCAACUGGGCAAAAUCAUAGAAUCGGCAAUAAGUGCGUGUUAGAAUCCAAAAAUUUUAUUUCUCAACGAAAUGAUCGUUCAGUUGAUGUACUCAUUUUAGCCCCUGAGCACCCUCAUAGAAGCGGUGGCAUCCGGAAGGGGAAAG